AUUUAGUUGUCAAAGUGAACGCGCGUUGGCUGUGCGCAGUUAAAUAGUGUUGAUAUGUGUACGUUUUCAUAUUUUUCCCGGUGUUUGUGCGAUACCUAAGUGCCCGCACGUUACCAUGUCUCAAGAAGACCUUAGAAACCGCCCCAUUUAUGAGUCCUCAUCCGGGCACGUCUCUGAUGACGACGAAAUAGAAUUUAGACAAGAUAAACGGACUGUUAAAGAUAUGAUUCUUCGAUUCGAAAAACAUAAUCUCUAUUUCGGAGGUUCUAGUGAGUCUCUCGAGCGAUCAAAGGACCCUAUCAUGGGAAGUUUAACAAGUGUUGUCAAUCCUUUACAUGCUCAUUUUCAACAUCUAUACCCAGCGCCUAGAUCUCAAGAUAGAAAUUCAAACGUGUCAGUGAAUUCUAUUUUAUCGAACGUUUCUGAAAUUAGUUGUGAAUCAAGUUCUUCGGGUUUUGUUUCAGAUAGGAAAUCGACAUCUUUAAAACCUCAUAGACCUGCUCCACCACCACCGUUACCGGUGCCAGUUAAUGACAAUUGCUCCGUAGGUAGUAAGUCACCCGUCUCAGAGGAUACAGAUUAUACUGAAAAGAGGUUUUCAUUUAUGACACCCUCUUCUUCACCUAUUGUAUUAAGACGGUCAAGACAGCCACCUGUCAUUCGGAGGAAAUCCUCGAUGGGAGGUCAAACACGUGCAGGUGAAUCGCAUUGGUCCUACGGCGUUAAGCAAAGUGACUUAGAAAAAUUACUCAGGUUGAAAUUAUCAGAACCAUCGGACAACGAGGAAGAAAAGCAAACAAAAACAAGCGUAGCCAUCGAAACACUGUCAGACGAAAGCAGUAGCAGUGAUGAUUCUUCGGAUAGUGAUAAACAAGAAGAAGGCCAGGAGUAUAUUGUUAAUCAUGACGAAGGUAGAACGGAUACAUUAUCUACUGAUCAUUCUACCGAUACUUUGAUCAAUGACUACGUAAGUGAUGAAGGGGAUAAUUUAUCUAGUGCUUCUGAAGAACAAUCUAACUUUGACAAUGUUAGCAUAAAAUCCAUUUCAUCAUUUGACAUGGUUCCGUAUCAGAAAUAUGACAGCAUUACGGUGUCAUCAGACGAGUUUGGCUCCGAGGUGUGCCAUGCGCCAGAUACUGAAUUUCUCACUGUGAGUGCAGUGAAUGAGUGGUGUGUUUCAAAGUCCAUGGAACCGGUAUUGAUGCCGGUUGAAUCGAAAAAGGAAAAAUAUAGAAGACGUUUGACGGAACGCGUUAACGAGUUACUGCAUACAGAAAACGUUUACGUGGAACGAUUGAGACAUGUUGUAGAAGAUUACAUUCCAGAACUGAUGAGGGAAGACAUACCACCUACGCUGAAAGGCAUGAAAUCGGACAUAUUUGCCAAUAUCGAACGAAUAUGUCGCUUCCACGGCGAAGAGUUCCUACCGGCAUUAAGAGACUGCGAAAAUGAUCUCAGAAAACUUGGCCAGUGUUUUCGGAGAUAUGAACAAAGGUUUAAUAUGUACGUCAUGUACUCUAGAAAUAAUAAGAGAGCAACGAGACUGGUAUAUGAAAAUAAAAUGUUCUUCCAGGAACGACAAUUAGAAUUAGGCGAUAGGUUAGACCUUUCUAGUUAUUUAUUAGAACCAGUUCAAAGGAUACCGAGGUAUAAGUUGUUUCUGGACGAUCUCGUGAAGACAUAUACAAAUUAUGAAAACGAAAGGUGCGAGUCAGACUCAAGAAUUUCUAAGUUAAGUGUGGACAGUGAUGAAACGGGUGGAAGUAAUGGAGAGUCAUCUGAUGCUGACGAAACGCCUUUGGAAAGUUUAAAACUAGCAAAAACUAUGAUUGAGUGUGUCUUAACAGCCGUUGAUGGAAUAAUGGCGUUAGAAAAUAUAACUGAUUGUCCGCCCCAUCUGAACCUUCUCAAUCAGGGUCGUUUAUUGCGUCAAAAUGAGUUCUACGCUAUGGACAACGCGCGCCGGCGCCGGCAGUUGAUGAGGAUAUUCCUAUUUGAUAAGUUGGUCCUCAUCACAGCGGUUUAUCGAAAGCAAUUGACGGUUGAGUUCUUUAUAUAUAAAGAUCACAUCCCGGUUGACGAUCUCGGUAUAACUGCGAAGGAACAUGAUCAAUACAAAUUCAGCAUAUGGUACAAAAAGAGAAACCUUAAGUCAUAUAAACUUGAGACAAGGGAUCCUGCGAUUAGGAACGUGUGGGUUGAAGAAAUCACAUCUUUACUAUGGGAACAAGCUAUGCAGAAGAAAGAAUUACUUCUGCAACAACGCAAAAAGAGGAUAUCGAUGACGUCAAUGGACAGCCAAGAGUCGACGGGAACUGAGAGAAACGACGACAAAUACAAUUCACUCAGAGGUGUCCCAGGUGAAGUUCGGCGUUCGGGAGAAAAGAUAUUUAGGCGGACGACGUGGUACUGCGAAUGACGUCAUAAACCCUGUUUUAUUUGGGUCAAGCAAUACUUACAAUUAAGCGAAAGCAGAGACUAAUUUAUUGAAAAAUAUUUCGAUGUUAUAUCCACACUUAAUGAAUGGUUAAAUCAUUUUUUUUAACCGUUAACGUGAGGUAUUUUGACAGAUGUGAAUGAAGAUAAUCGAUUUUCACUUUUUAAAUCAAGCUCUUAAAAG